AUGAAAAAGUGCCUAGGCUCACAUCAUGUUUUAAAGUCACUAUCAGAAACUAGAUGGUCUGCUCGAGCUGAUGCUGUUACUUCUUUGUGUAAUGGUUACAAGGAAAUUUUAGAUGCUCUAAAAACAAUUGAAAUAGAUGAUAAGACUUCACCAAAUGUUAAAAACGAAACCCAUGGCUUAAUUAAGAAAAUGAAAAAGUUGGAAAAUAUUGUUCUUACUGAAAUUUGGAGUAAAAUCUUAUCAAGAAUAAAUGAAACAAACAAAAAUUUACAAAAAGAAAACCUUACUAUUGACGUCGGUUCAAAAUUAUUUGAUUCUCUUGCUGGUUUUCUAAGUGAGAUUAGAGAUAACUUUUAUAGUUAUGAAAGUUCCGCUAGAGAAAAAUUUCCAGAUUCUGACUAUAAAGAUUUAUACCAACGAACUAAGAAGAGGAGUAUUCAUUUAACAUUACCCGGUGAACUGACAAACAAAAGUACAUCGUUUUCAGGUAGUGAAAAAUUCAAAAUAGAAACUUACUUCCCAAUAAUAGAUACAUUAAUAACUCAGUUAAAAAUUCGUGGUAAAUCAUACAAUUCAAUAAAUAAACUGUUUGGAUUUUUCUCUAAUUUAAAAAAUUUAGAGACAAAAGAAGUACAAGUCCAUUGUAAAACAUUUGCGGAAUUUUAUCACGUAGAUAUUAAUGAAAAUGAAUUAAUUUUAGAAUGUAUACACUUAAAAGCGUAUCUAUCGGAACUUGAUAUUUCUGAAUUCAGUAUUUCUAGUACAUACAAAUGUUUAAAAUCAAAUAGACUAGAAGAAACAUUUCCAAACAUAAUAAUAUCUUUCCGAAUUUUUUUAUCAAUGAUGAUUACCAACUGCAGUGGGGAACGUUCAUUUUCUAAGUUAAAUUUAAUUAAAGAAGAGCUUAGAAGUANAGAAGUACAAUGA